AUCAAAUCCAACUCAAAGCGUUCCAGCCUUCUCAUCCACCGACCAAUCGAAAGCAACUGCGACAACCGAGAGUAGGAGCCCGCAUGGAGGCGGAGAUCGUCAAGCCGCCGCCGCCGGCGCCCGUGUCCAUGUCGUCGUCGUCGGUGUCGGCCUCUGCUGGCCCCGCGGGCGCCGUCGGCGGGGAGUUCACGGCGGACGACCUCGCGGCGGCGGACCAGCUGGUGCAGCUGAGCGUCAGCGGCGGUGGGGACGAGGAGGAGGACCAGCACGAGGCGUUCUCGUCGUCGUCGUCUCCUCGGUCGGUGAACAACGCGGCGCGGGGAGAGGAGGAGGAGGAAGAUCAUGAGGAUUAUUCCGGGGUGGUGGACCGGAGGGCCAGGAAGCGGUACCGGCUGGUGUCCGAGCUCUACGCCGCCACCAGGCAGGUCAAGGCCGGCGCCGGCGGCAAGACCAAGCGGAAGAGCAGCAAGGACGGGAUGCGGAACUGAGCGCCGCCGGAGGUGGUGGCCGGAAUGCAGGGACUGGCCCCGUGUAGAUAUUUUCCUUUUUCUUGCCAACAGCAGCUGUGAGUCUUGUCAGAAUUCUGUUUUGUUUGUCCCCAAAAGACAAACGUUCUGAAAGUUUUGAGAUCGGAAUUUGAACUUGUGCAAGCGUA